ACGCACCAGAUGUUUGGCACCGAGAGGCGGGAGGAAGUCGUUUACCCGGGGCCCUGAGUCCCCGCCCCAUCCCAAAAAAACACACCAAAAAACAGGGGCCCCCCUUCGCCAUGGCCCGCACGGUUCCCCCGGUAGCUCCGCCACCGGGGCCGCCGGCCCGGGGUUCGCUCAGCCUUCACCGUGCCUACCUACGGAGCCCGCUGGGGUUGCUACGGCUGGGGCAGCUGGGGCUGGGGGCUGCUUUUUGGGUGACGGUGGCGGCUCACAAGUACGAGGGGGCGGCUCACUUCGCCCUCUUCGCCGCCGUCCUGGUCUGGCUCCUCACCCUGGCUCUCUUCGGGCUCAGCCUUUUGGGGCGCUGGGAGCUGGUCCCCUGGCUGGGUUCCCGUUGGCUCCUCACCAACCUGCUGCACGACCUGGCCCUGGGCGUAGGGCUCUACGCGGCCGCCACCGGCAUCAUGGGCUACAAAGCCGGGAGGAAAAGCUAUUGCAACCUGCCGGGCUACAGCCAGCACUGCCUCUACGGUGCCUACCUGAGUGCCUCCGUCUGCGGGGGCAUGGCCGCCUGCCUGUACCUCUUCUCCGGGCUCUAUUGCCUCUUACGGCGCUGCCGGGACCAGCGUGACAUCGUUUGAGACCCUCCGCGGCGCUCGGCUCCCCUUCUCCUCACCCGCGGAUGGAGCGCAGCAACCCCCCGCCUCGGGGGGGACGAAGUGACCCUGCCGCCCUUAUCUCCUCCUGGCUGACUGCACCACGCUUCCUCCGGAGACUCCUGCACAGACGGAUGGACAGACAGAAGCCUUCUGCAUCCCCUGCAUCCCACUGAGACAGCAUGGACACCCAGCUGCUGCACAGGCCUCUCUCCCACCCCCGGACAGAUGUAGACCGUUGCAAAUGGAAGGACCCCCUAAGAGGGACACCAAUCUCUGGAAGCCCCCCCAGGUCCCCUGCCCAACUUCUCCUGCCCCCGGCUUGGCAGAUGCUGUGUGCUCAGCUGCAUCUUGGGGCCCUUCACUGUCCUGAGACCACGGUGAGGCUGAGGGGAAGGGUGAGCGUGACAGCGUGGCGGUGCUGGGCUUCCACUGGCACGGUGGCCCUGGGGGAGCUGGGGACAGGGACACUGCCCGUCUCGGGGAACAGGAGAAGAGGAUGCUGGCGGAGGAGCCAGCCUGGCCCUGGAUCCACAGCCCGCCAGGUGCCAAGCCCUGAGGACGCCAUGCGGAGACAACUGGAGUAACGGGCAGCCAGACACUGGGAAUUUUUGGAGAAGCACCACACCAGCGCUGCCCUGCCACCAGCCCUCCUCGCCCUGCCUCGGGGCAGGACCUCUCCAUCACAUUGAGUGUGAGGGAGGGUCUGCCCUCAGCCUGUGUUGGCCCAGAUCAGUGGGACGGGUGUCUCCAGGAGCUGGCCAUGGGCUGUGGCUGUCACCUGGGGUUCCCUGGUGCCUUUUUUUACGCUGGAGAGCAGCAGCUGUGAAUCCCCUGGGGCCCAGAAGGGUCUGCGGUUGGCGCCGAGUCACCAGUUCCACCACGAGGUGCUGUCUCAGCCAGUCCCCGCUCGUGCUUGGGGGCCCUGCCAGCUCCCGGGCCAUCUACCCCUUCCCUGGGGAGGUGCUGUCCCUGUCCCCCGUCAGGGCUGGUCCCUGACCCUGCCUGCCCCUGCCUGCUCCAGCGCAGCCCUCUGCCCAGGCUGCCCCAGACGCUCAGCGGGGCUCCUGCCACCACAAGUGCCUUUCCCUGGCUUCCCGCAGCCCUGCCUGUCACGCCGGUUCUGUCCCCUUCCAGCCCCCUCUUCGGUGCCUAUGGAUUCACCUUCCAAAUAAAGCAACGUUG